GUUUGUCUAGUGCUGUCCUUGAUCCGCCCACCCUCAGCAUACAGAAAGAUAUACUUACAAUUAUGGCUAAUACGACUCUUCAGAUUACUUGCAGUGGGCAGCAGGAGUUGGACUGGCUGUGGCCCAACAGUCAGAGCGGUUCUGAGGAAAGGGUGGAGGUGACUGAGUGCAGUGACGAUUUCUUUUGCAAGACACUCACCAUCCCCAAAGUGAUCGGAAAUGAUACCGGAGCUUACAAGUGCUUCUAUCGAGACACCAACAUGACUUCGGUCGUUUAUGUCUACGUUCAAGAUUACAGAUCACCCUUCAUCGCUUCUGUUAGUGAUGAACAUGGCGUGGUGUACCUUACUGAGAACAAAAACAAAAGUGUGGUGAUUCCAUGUCGCGGGUCCAUUUCAAACCUCAACGUGUCGCUUUAUGCAAGGUAUCCUGAAAAGAGGUUUGUUCCUGAUGGAAACAGAAUUUCCUGGGACAGUGAGAAAGGCUUCACUAUUCCCAGCUACAUGAUCAGCUAUGCUGGUGUGGUCAUCUGUGAAGCAAAAAUUAACGAUGAAGUUUACCAGUCGAUUAUGUACAUAGUUGUGAUUGUAGGGUACAAGAUUUAUGACGUAGUUCUGAGCCCUCCUCAUGGAAUUGAGCUGUCUGUUGGAGAGAAGCUUGUGUUAAACUGUACAGCAAGAACUGAGCUAAACGUGGGGCUUGACUUCAACUGGCAGUGUCCGUCCUUGAAGCAUCAGCAUAAGAAAAUUGUAAACCGGGAUAUAAAACCUCUGCCUGGAACAGAGAUUAAGAAGUUUUUGAGCACCUUGACUAUAGAGGGCGUAACCCGGAGUGACCAAGGGUGGUACACCUGCUCUGCAUCCAGUGGGCGAAUGACCAAGAAGAACAGCACAUAUGUUAGAGUGCAUGCAAAACCUUUUGUUGCUUUUGGUAGUGGCAUGGAAUCUUUGGUGGAAGCCACGGUGGGAGACCAUGUCAGAAUCCCCGUGAAGUACCUGGGUUACCCCGCCCCUGAAAUCAAAUGGUAUAAAAAUGGGAGACUCAUCGAGUCCAAUUACACAGUCAGAGUGGGGCAUGCACUGAUGAUUAUGGAAGUGAGUGAGAAAGACAGCGGAAAUUACACCGUCAUCCUCACCAAUCCCAUCUCGAAGGAGAAGCAGAGUCACGUGGUAUCUCUGGUUGUAAAUGUGCCACCCCAGAUUGGGGAGAAGGCCCUGAUCUCGCCCAUGGAUUCCUACCAGUACGGCACCACGCAGACACUGACGUGCACGGUCUAUGCCAACCCUCCGCUGCAUCACAUCCACUGGUACUGGCAGCUGGAGGAGGAGUGCUCCUACGAGCCCAGGCAAACUACGACAAACCCAUAUAUUUGUAAAGAAUGGAGAACUGUGGCAGAUUUCCAAGGGGGGAAUAAAAUUGAAGUCAACAAAAAUCAGUACGCCCUAAUUGAAGGAAGAAACAAAACUGUAAGUACCCUUGUUAUCCAAGCUGCAAACGUGUCAGCUUUAUAUAAAUGUGAAGCCGUCAACAAAGCCGGGAGAGGAGAGCGGGUCAUCCCCUUCCACGUGACCAAGGGCCCUGAAAUUAGGGUGCAGCCCGCCCCGCAGCCGACGGAGCAGGAGAGUGUGUCUCUGUGGUGCCACGCAGACAGAGCGACAUUUGAGAACCUCACGUGGUACAAGGUUGGCCCGCAGCCUCCACUGGUCCACAUGGGAGAGCAGCUCACGCCUGUUUGCAAGAACUUGGAUGCUCUUUGGAAACUGAAUGCCACCGUGUUCUCUAAUAGCACGAACGAUGUUCUGGUCGUGGAGUUCCAGAACGUGUCCUUGCAGGAUCAAGGAGAGUAUGUCUGCUCUGCUCAAGACAGGAAGACCAAGAAAAGACACUGCAUGGUCAGGCAUCUCACAGUCCUGGAGCGCAUGGCACCUGUGAUCGCAGGAAGCCUAGACAACCAGACAACAAGCAUUGGUGAAACCAUUGAAGUCGCCUGCACAGCGCUCGCGAACCCCCCUCCGCACAUCACCUGGUUUAAAGAUAAUGAGACACUUGUGGAAGACUCAGGCAUUGUACUGAAAGAUGGGAACCGGAACCUAACCAUCCGCAGAGUGCGGAAGGAGGAUGAAGGCCUCUACACCUGCCAGGCCUGCAACGUCCUUGGAUGUGUGAGAGUGGAGACAUUUUUCAUCAUAGAAGGUGCCCAGGCAAAGACCAACUUGGAAGUCAUUAUUCUCGCAGGCACUGCGGUGAUUGCCAUGUUCUUCUGGCUACUCCUUGUCAUCAUUCUACGGACCGUUAAGCGGGCCAGUGAAGGCGAACUGAAGACCGGCUACUUGUCCAUCGUCAUGGAUCCCGACGAGAUGCCGCUGGAUGAACGCUGCGAACGCUUGCCUUACGAUGCCAGCAAGUGGGAGUUCCCCAGAGACCGGCUGAAACUAGGUAAACCUCUUGGCCGUGGUGCCUUUGGCCAAGUGAUUGAGGCGGAUGCUUUUGGAAUUGACAAGACAGCAACUUGCAAGACAGUGGCUGUCAAAAUGUUGAAAGAAGGAGCAACACACAGUGAACACCGAGCGCUCAUGUCUGAACUCAAGAUCCUCAUUCAUAUUGGCCACCAUCUCAACGUGGUCAACCUUCUGGGUGCCUGUACCAAGCCAGGAGGGCCUCUCAUGGUGAUUGUGGAAUUCUGCAAGUUUGGGAACCUAUCCACUUACCUACGGGGCAAGAGAAAUGAAUUUGUCCCCUACAAGACCAAAGGGGCACGGUUCCGUCAAGGGAAAGACUAUGUUGGGGAAAUCUCUGUGGACCUGAAACGCCGCUUGGACAGUAUCACCAGUAGCCAGAGUUCAGCCAGCUCUGGGUUUGUUGAAGAGAAAUCCCUCAGUGACGUGGAGGAAGAAGAAGCUUCUGAAGAGCUGUACAAGGACUUUCUGACCUUGGAACAUCUCAUCUGCUACAGCUUCCAGGUGGCGAAGGGCAUGGAGUUCUUGGCAUCACGUAAGUGUAUCCACAGGGACCUCGCGGCUCGGAAUAUCCUCUUGUCGGACAAGAACGUGGUCAAAAUCUGUGACUUUGGCUUGGCCCGAGACAUCUAUAAAGACCCGGAUUAUGUUAGAAAAGGAGAUGCCCGCCUCCCUUUGAAAUGGAUGGCCCCAGAAACAAUUUUUGACAGAGUGUACACAAUUCAGAGUGAUGUGUGGUCUUUCGGUGUUUUGCUGUGGGAAAUAUUUUCCUUAGGUGCUUCUCCAUAUCCUGGGGUAAAGAUUGAUGAGGAAUUUUGUAGGCGAUUGAAAGAAGGAACUAGAAUGAGGUCCCCUGAUUAUACCACACCAGAAAUGUACCAGACGAUGCUUGACUGCUGGCAUGAGGAGCCCAACCAGAGACCCACGUUUUCAGAGUUGGUGGAGCACUUGGGGAAUCUUCUGCAGGCGAAUGCUCAGCAGGAUGGCAAAGACUACAUUGUUCUUCCAAUAUCAGAGACUUUGAGCAUGGAGGAGGAUUCGGGACUCUCUCUGCCUACCUCACCUGUUUCCUGUACGGAGGAAGAGGAAGUGUGUGACCCCAAAUUCCAUUAUGACAACACAGCAGGAAUCAGUCAGUAUCUGCAGAACAGUAAGCGAAAGAGUCGGCCAGUGAGUGUAAAAACAUUUGAAGAUAUCCCAUUGGAAGAACCAGAAGUAAAAGUAAUCCUAGAUGACAACCAGACGGACAGUGGUAUGGUUCUUGCAUCGGAGGAGCUGAAAACUUUGGAAGACAGAACCAAAUUAGCUCCGUCUUUUAGUGGAAUGGUGCCCAGCAAAAGCAGGGAGUCCGUGGCAUCUGAAGGCUCCAACCAGACCAGCGGCUACCAGUCUGGGUAUCACUCGGAUGACACAGACACCACUGUGUACUCCAGCGAGGAGGCAGAACUUUUAAAGCUGGUGGAGGCUGCACAGCAGCCUGACUCUGGGACGGCACUGAGCUCUCCUCCUGUUUAAAAGGAGGCACCCACAUACCCCACUCCCGGAAAUCACAUGAGAGGUGCUGCUCCGAUUUUCAAGUGUUGUUCUUUCUACCACCAGGAAGUAGCCACAUUUGAUUUUCAUUUCAGAAAAAGGACCUCAGACUCCAGGGAGCCAGUCCUCCAGGCAUUUCCUGAGAAGAUGCUUAUGACCCAGGAAUGUGUUUGUGUCUUCUUCCAGUGUUGACCUUAUCCUUUUUUCAUUCGUUCAGAAAGCCUGUGUAAUGUGGGUCCCACCACGGGUUAGAACAAAAGACAUUCAAGAAAAGGCUCCUUUCCCAAAGAGGUAGCCGUACCUGGGGAGUGGACACCUGUGUAGGACACGAAGGUGAACCAGGCAAUGUAAGUGCUGGAGGUGUGGUAGACGGGACAGAUGAUAAGGCUGAGUCCACCUAAGAGGCUCUGGUGAGGACUUGGCACUGAGCCAAGUCUUAAGUGUGGGAUCUGGACUGACACAAAGGAAAGCGCAGGCUUGCUUGGAGAGGGCACCGGAGCCUGCAGAUGCAUUGUGCUGCGGCUCCGGGGAGGUGGGCAUGUGGCCUGUUAGGAAGUGUAAAGGCUGCAGACGCCGUUUCUGGUUUUAGAAGGUUGCGUGCUCUUUGCAUUGGGCUCAAGUUGAGUUCCUCGGGCUGUUUCCGACUCCUAAUGAGAGUUCCUUCCGGACCCUUACGUGUCUCCUGGCUGAGCCCCAGGAAGGAAAUGAUGCAGCUCUGGCUCCUUGUCUCCCAGGCUGAUCCUUUAUUCAGAGCACCACACAGAAAGGACAUUCAGCCCUAGGCUCCUGGUUGGGUUGCAGAGUUCUGAGGGUCCACAUCAGCUUCCGGUUCUCCGGAUGAAGACCCCGUACCUGUGCCCAAGACUGAGAGCAGGAGUGCAGUGCCCUGCCGGGGCACAGCUUCGGAAGGAUUGUACCUUUGUGUCCUUCCCUCACUGCCAGCCCGCUUUCCCCCUCAGCCCGGGUCAGUGUUGCAGUUAUUUGGCCUCUGCACUCCAGAAAAUGUGAUUUGGUCUCUUCACUCUCUGAAUAUUAACCAGGUGUCAAAACUACCUUAUAACCAAAGUAAUAACAAUGUCUAUUGUAUUAUUUAGACUUUUAACAUAUAAAGCUAUUUCUGCUGGUUUGUGCCCUGGUUCUUUUCUUUUUCCAGACAAGAAAAUGUAUUUUUCAAUUGGUACCAUAGUGUGAGAUGCUGGGAACAAUGGCUAUAAAACAUGCUAUGGCACAUAUAUUUAUAGUCUGUUAUGUAGAACAAAUGUAAUAUAUUACAGCCUUUUAUUAUAUAUAAUGAACUUUGUACUAUUCACAUUUUGUAUCAGUAUUAUGUAGCAUAACAAAGACUGUAAUGCUUUCAGCAGCUGAUGUCAUUUUAUUAAAAAAAUUGAAAAACUUGAAGGAAUCUUUGUACAAGGCUAUAUUACUAUGUCAAUUCUCUCAUUACUAAAACGGAGGAAGAAUCAGACAUAAUUAAGGUUGAUCUUCAUUUCUACUUGUGCCCUUAUUUCUUCUUAUAAAGAAUGUUUUUACAAAAUGCUUAUAAACUUUAUAAACCAAUAAAUGUAUUCAGAGUAAACAAUAUAA